AUGCAAGAAGAACCCACUGCUGUUAUUACCAUUGAUGAUUAUCAAGUGGAGUGGCCCAUUCAUAGAAAUCGCUUCUAUCAAGAAAACAGCGUUUUGGGAAUGAUAGAGUAUUGGUGUUCUAAGACUCCUCAAAAUCCCUGCAUUGAAAGAACAUUCGUUCCUGGAGAAACUGUUCAUUCAAACGUUUCCAAACAGUUGAAUUACGAAGAAUUUAAAAGAGCAAUUCUAUUGACAAGAAGAUUGUUACAUGACAAGAUUGGAGCAAAGAUCGCAAAAGGUUCAUGUGUUGCUUUACUUCAUGAAAAUUCCCUCGUUUAUUCGGUCAUUGUUUUUGCUUUAUUUUCACUGGGUUAUAUUGUUUUUCCGGUGAAUCACAAAUUGACCACUAAGGUGGUUUCAAAACUAUUAGAGUUAGGCCAAGUGCAAUGUGUGAGCAUAUCUCCUCAUAUUUUGCAAAGUAUGAUUCAAGAAUCAUCCAUAGAGGAUGUAUUGGAUUUGUUCUCAAAAUGUGAAACCUACUUGUGGAGCUCAGACAUUUCAGAAGAAUUACAAGAUUUGCAAAUACUUCUUAAUGAUGAAAAAUUCUCACAGGUGAAACAAUUGAUUGAACCUUUGGAUAUUAUGAAGGAUAUUUCAAACAUUAUAUUGAAUAAGACUGACAAUACUCUCCAAGAUGAAGUAUGUUUGGAAUAUCCUGCCAAGUUCAAUGAUCCUUCGUUUUAUGUCAACACUUCAGGUAGCACAAACAUCCCUAAAAUUGUUGUGCAUUCUCAGAGAUCUAUCAUGUCCAGUUUGCAUUAUUCCCAUAAGUUACACUACUCCAAAUUGGAAUUUAUUGUCAACUUUCUUCCAUUAUACCAUUUAAUGGGAUUCUAUAAUUUGUUAACAAGCUUAUAUCAUGGAACUUGCUAUAUAAUGUUCAAUAAUCCAAAAUCAGAAAACAUGAUCUCAAGUUUAUAUCAUGUACUAAAGCAUCAUGAGGCAAAGUUGAGUAGAAUGAGCAUUCCUAGUAUGCCCAUAUUAAUGAAUCAAAUUAAGGAAGAAGUAGAACGAGGAGAUGAUAUUGGAAGAAUGUUAAUAUCUGAGCUUUCAAAAAGUCUAUUCGUGACAAUGGGAGGAGUAUCUACUCCUAAUUAUCUGAUCACCUUUUUACAGGACAAUCGUAUAAAUUGUGUGAAUGGUUAUGGAAUGAGUGAAAUAGGAGUUUGUUUAGCCAGUGAAAGAUUUACAGGAGCUUUCAAAUCAAUGAAUUGUUUGCUUCCAUGUAAAUUCUACAUUUGGAAAGAACGAGAAGGAGACGCGUUAGAGUUGUACUUGGCCAAAGGUUGUCCAACUUGUGGAUUGACAUAUAUUUCUGUUGGAAAUUAUGCAAAAUUCUGGAAUGAGGAAGAAGGCAAUACCUUUUGCACUCAUGAUUUGUUUUAUGAGUUCCCACGCAAUCAUUAUGUUUAUCUAUCUAGAGCAGAUGAUAUUCUUUGUCAUACAAAUGGAGAAAUGACAAAUCCACAACCUAUUGAGGCAGCUGUUAAGGGAUUUGACCCAUGUAUCACUCAUGCUGUUAUUUUAGGACACAAUAGACCCUUCUGUGUGGCAAUUUUUGAGACAGAUAAAGAUAGAGAGCCAUCCGAUUUUACCAAGAUUGUUAGGAAAAAGAUUAAGGAUCUCAACAAAACACUUCCCAUCCAUUCAAGACUUUCAUUGGACUUUUUGGUUUUGAAUAGAAAUGAAAAAUUGCCUCUCACUGAAUUGAAAGGGUUGGUUUCUAGAAAAAAAACAGAACAGAUGUAUGCUGAUAAGAUUGAGAAUUUAUAUAAUCCACAAAAUGUCAUUCCACAAAGUCAACCUACCUCAAAACUUGUUGAGCACGUGACCAAUAAGCCUCCACCCCUUAUUAACCCUCAGGAGUUUAUUUCCCUAUUGAAGAAUCAGGUAUUUCCAGAAGUGAAAAAUAUUGAUCUGGAUACAUCACUUCCAGGAUUGGGAAUGGAUUCUCUAUCGCUCAUUCAAUUUAGAAAUUUGCUUUUUAAGAAUUAUGGUGUAAUGCCAAGUGUUGAUGAAAUUUUUCAACUCGGUACACCUAGACAGAUUAUUAAGCGUUUACAAAAUAUUGAAGAGGAGGGUACUAAGGACGAACUGAGUGAUAUAAGAGAAAAGAUAGCCAAUGAUGUUCAGUUCUUAUCGAAAAAGAUCGUGAAAGAUUGUACAAGUUCUGCUCACCCUCUCAAACAUGAAUUUAUAUUUUUAACUGGAGCAACUGGUAUGCUUGGUGCUUAUGUUAUUAAUGAUUUGGCAAAAUUGGAGGAAGUCAAGAAAAUUUAUUGUCUAUGUAGAGGUAAUUCAGUUUCGCAUGCCGUUGAAAGACUUAUGAACAAUAUGAAGUUGUAUAAUUUGUGGAACGACUUUACUCUAAACAAUAAGGUUCGAGUUAUUUUGGGAGAUGUUGCAACUGAGAGAAUGGGUAUCGAAGAAUCUAUUUAUUCAGAACUAUUGGAAAAUGUGGACGUCAUUUAUCACAUUGGAUCGGCUGUUGAUUUUGUUCAACCUUAUUCGUCCCUUAAAGCUGCAAAUGUGGAUGGAACAUCUAGAGUUAUUGAACUUGCCUUGACGAGGAAAAUCAAACCUCUUGCUUAUAUUAGUUCAAUAUCAGCUGCUCCCAAGAACGAAGAUGGCUCGUUAAGAGAGGAAAUCAUUCAGUUGUCCAAAUUGAACCAAAAAUUUGGCUAUCCACAAACCAAGAUAGCUUCUGAGCUCCUCUUGACUGAAGCAAAGCAAAGAUUAGGAUUGCCAAUAUUGAUAUUUCGUCCAGCAUUGAUUGUUGGAGAUGAACCAACAGGUAAAAUGCAAAGAGGUUUCCUCGUUGAGAGAAUGUUAAAAUCUAUGCACCGUGUUGGUGUAGCACCCAAUUUAGAUAUUCUUAAUAAUUUAAUUAAUGUGGAUUAUGUGAGCAAUAUUAUUGUAUCUGCUGUACGACAUGGUUACUUUGAUUUGGAAGUAGUACAUAUCACCAAUAGAAAUCCACCAAGUCAUUCUGAUAUUUUGUCACAUCUCAAAGACCAUUUUUCAUCCCUGUUUGGACAUGUGCAAGAGGGUUCUUGGCAACAGUUCCUUGAUGAAAUUGCAAAGAAAGAUAUCAAAGAAGACGGAAUGUAUCCAUUGGUUCAGUGGGCAAGAGAAGGAUUUAUUGGCGAAUUAGAUACGGAGAGAAAAUUGGUUGUGUCUAGAGAGGCUUUUGAAGAGUCAAUACAACACUUUACUGAGGUGAAUAAUCGUUUGACUGAGAUGAGAGGUGUAGAAAGAAAGGAAUUAGACGUCUUCAAAUUGCUUGGCCGAUUAGUUGAGUUUUCUCUAGUGGCUGCAAAUGAUCAAACAAAGAGUGUUGAAAGCGAAUCUUCAAUUCGGGAGAACGUAAUUGCCGUUUAA